AUUGUGUAGUGCACAUUGAGUGUAUGUUUGAGUUGCAUCCAAGUUAAUCCUUCUUCAAAAUGCUACAGAAGCACCGGUUUUUUACUCGGUUCAUUGACCUGUGAGUUUGCCCUGUAACUGCAUAGUGGAUUAUUAAAGGAGCAAGGCGCUCAUUUCCUGGCUCUUGAACAGAGUUUGGCUGGCUGUUUAUUUAUAUCAACGCUUGGAUAGCAAAACAUAUAAAGAGAACAGUACAGUAAAAAACCGUGGUAAGAAGCAGUUGAUUAAAAAAGUCAUGGAUCAGCAAACACAAGAAGGACAUACAGAUGCAAGCAUGGAAGCUGAAGCAAACAGAGGAAAGAAAAAAGCACCUUCAGAGAUCAGAUCAAAAUGCACAUCAUCUAGCUCUCAAUCUUCAGUCAGUCGUGCUGCCGCUAAAGCGAGAGCCUCAGCAGAAGCUGCACGUGCUAGGAUGGCAUUUGCACAAAAACAAUUAGAAAUGAGAAAGGAAAAAGCCAGGCUGGAACAGGAAAGAGCUAUGGUGGAAGCAAGUCUUGAAGCAUUGGAAAUGGAAAAGGAAGCUGCUGCUGCCAUAGCAGAAGCUGAUGCAUUAGAAUCUGCUGCGGCAGCAAUGGAAAGUGAUGAUAGUCGUAGUGGAAAGAGCACACUCUCUUCACAUGUGAUUUCAAAAAGAACAAAGGAAUAUGUGGAACACCAGACAUCGGUGAGCUCCAACUUUUCCACUUUACCUCUGAAUUUGUCAUCCCGUUUAAAAGAAUCAACUCCAAAUUUGAUCAAAAUUUCUCAGGGUGUGAACGCUGAAAGUGAUUGUGACCCUAAAGCAGUUUGGGAAAGGAAUCAAAUAAGUGACAGUGAACAUCUGCAGAGCACAAGACCUCCAGAUUAUCAAUACGCCCUACCGCAAUCCAUUUCAAACGCUGCAUCUAAAGUAUCUCCAGGCCAAAAUCGUGAUUCUCAAGGGUUUGCAGUCAAUUCAGAUGUGCAGCAAUCCUCUCAAGGCCAAGCAACACCUCUGUUGGACAUAGCAAGAUUCUUAGCACGUAGGGAACUAGUCACAACAGGGCUUACCAAGUUUGAUGACAAUCCAGAAAACUUUAGAGCUUGGGAGUCUUCAUUUGUUAAUGUUACACAAGAUUUACAGCUCUCGGCCAAUGAAGAGUUAGAUUUGUUAAUCAAAUGGCUAGGAAAAGAAUCAUCGGAGAAUGUUAAAAGAAUACGAGCUGUUUAUGUUACAAAUCCACAAGCUGCUCUUCAGAUGUCUUGGAUGAGACUUCAAGAAUCUUAUGCUACUCCAGAAGUCAUAGAAAGUGCCUUGUUUAAGCGCUUGGACAGCUUUCCACGCUUAUCUCCAAAAGACAGUGUGAAACUCAGGGAGCUUGCAGAUUUGCUCACAGAAAUACUUGUCGCUAAAGGAGAUGCAUAUUUACCUGGACUGGCUUAUCUUGAUACCCCUCGCGGUAUUAAUCCUAUUGGGUGA